GUGUGUCUGAUCUGUAUGUGUGUGUAUGUGUGUGUGUGUGUGUGUGUGUGUGUGUGUGUGAGUGUGUGUGUCUCUGUAUGAAUAGGCACUCUUGUUUUUUAGUCUGUCUGCUAUGUAGUGUGUGGGUAUAAAAUGUGACGUGUCUCUGAAGUAAACAAACAGCUGUAUUGUGAAAGCUCGUCUCGCUGCCUCUUUUUCUCCAUGCUGUCAUCUUCCGCAACCAUUCCUCCUUUGUUUUCUCCUCUUUCUCUGCCUCUCUGUCAUGUCUGAUAUCUGAACUGGAUGCCUUUAGUUUAGAUGCUGAAAGUUGACUUUAAAAUGUUGAGACGGGAAAGCUGAGAUGUGUGUGUUCGUCACACUCAUGCAGACCAAAGAUCUCACGUGUCGUGGAGAGAGUGAACCAGCAUCUGACUCAGUGCAGGAUGCUGCUGUGAAGUUGGAACAGGAGCGAGCUGAAAUACUCGCCAAAUAUGACAAGGGUAAAGAAGGUGCCAAGGUGGAGCCAUGGGAGGAGGCCAAUUAUGAUCUGUAUAAAGUGGUGGACCGCUUCGGCUUCCUGCAAGAGAAUGAACUUCCACAAUGUGACGUAGCGGAGGAGAAGCAAAAGCAUCUGGAAUUGGAGAGAACGACAAAAUGGCUGAAAAUGCUGAAAAGCUGGGAGAAAUACAAGAACAGCGACAAGCUGUUAAGAAGGAUCUAUAAGGGAAUUCCACUGCAGCUCAGAGGUCAGGUUUGGUGCCUGCUUCUCGACAUCCCCAAAAUUAAGGAGGAGAAGAAGGAUUUCUAUGAGAAACUGAAGGUCAGAGCGAAGAGUUUGUCUCCUGAUAUUCGUCAGAUUGAUCUGGAUGUGAAUCGUACAUACAGAGAUCACAUCAUGUUCAUGCACCGCUAUGAUGUCAAACAGCAGGAUCUGUUUCAUGUGCUCACGGCAUACUCUGUUUAUAACACGGAGGUGGGCUAUUGUCAGGGCAUGAGUCAGAUCACUGCUCUGUUGCUUAUCUAUAUGAAUGAGGAAGAUGCUUUUUGGGCGCUGGUCAAACUGCUGUCUGGACAGAGAUAUGCCAUGCAUGGUUUCUUUGUUCCAGGGUUCCCUAAACUCAUGCGCUUCCAGGAACAUCAUGACCAUAUCCUACAGAAGAUGAUGCCUAAACUCAAACAACAUCUUGAUAAUCAAGAGGUAUUCGCCAGCCUGUACACUUUAAAAUGGUUCUUUCAGUGUUUCUUGGAUCGGACCCCAUUUACGCUCACGCUGAGAAUAUGGGACAUAUAUAUUCUGGAAGGAGAGCGAGUUCUGACCGCGAUGUCGUACACCAUCCUCAAACUCCACAAAAAGACCCUCAUGAAGUUGUCCAUGGAGGAGCUGGUGAAGUUUCUGCAGGUGACGCUGUCGAAGGAUUUCUUUUAUGAGGAUGACUUUGUGAUAGAUCAGCUUCAGAACUCAAUGUCUGAGCUCAAACGCUCUAAACUGGACCUGCCACCACCAGGUAAGGAGGAAGAGUUUCCUAAGAAACCAUUAGGUCAAAUUCCCCCUGAGCCUCCAAGACUGGUGGCAGCAGCAGCAACCAAACAUUUGGCUAACGGGCAGCCAGCUAGACAGACUGGUGAAGGACUGGCCCCUCGUGGUCCAAGUCCUACAACAAGUGUCAGUAAACAAAUAGAGUCUGGUCGCAUCACUGAUGGUUCACCAGAGAGGUACCAAGAGAGUCGACCACCCAGCUCCAUUGACAAGGUGCACCAUCCGGACAAGAUCGAUAGGGAGGUGCGGGGUGUGGACACUCAAAAGGAAAGAGUCCCAACCCAUAUGCCCAACAGCACCGUCGCAAAUGGUGGGAAGAUGUCAACCCAGAACCAGACAAAUCACAACUCCAGUGUUAGAUCCAACAUGCGCAGGGAUAUUGCACCUUGCUGGGUCAAGCCUUCCGACACCAAACUGGAAGCAGUCAAGGCAGCAGGCCUUCGAGAGAGCCAAUUAAGUCUCAUUAUGGGUGUUCCACCCUCGCCCAGCUCCCCAACUCCAGAGGAGGCCACCGGGGAACAACGCCGGCCACGUUACAGAGGGUUUGUUCCAGGCUCCAACCGUGCAUCCAAUGCCUCGCAAUAUGACAAUGUCCCGGGACAAGAUGGAGAGGUUAUGGAGAUUAUAGAGCUGGAAAAGCCGCCCUCUCGUCCCCCAGCCCAGCCAUACAGUGGACCUUCUAUAAGACAAGGCAGUCCCACUCGUCCCCCUAGUGGCAGAACCAGUGUCUCUCCCUUUAGAAUGCCCAAACAGAGCAUGAUCUCUAAACCAGAACCCCGUGCACCUCUGUACUACCCACCCGGCAUGACACCCGUCUACACUUCCUCUGAUUCUCGGCCAGAGGAGAGAUUGUACAGCCAGCCACACUCCGAGCAAAUCUAUGGAACAACGGCACGUACCUCUUCCAACAGUUCACCACAGAAAGAACUGAUGAACAACAGCUAUGUAACCUACCAACGGCCGCCACCCAGCAUGCCCCCUCUUAGGGUAGCUCCUGCAGAGCUUCCAGCCCAGAUGGACAACGUUGGUGAGUAUUACCUUAAACAACCUACCCGACUAAUGGGGUCUCCUGCUAACCCACCCACUGAACUGCAUUAUGAGGGACGCAAGCGGAGAGAGGGCUGGUAUGGGGACAUGGAGACAGGGCCUCCCCGCUCUCCGGCGGGAUUACCCCGAUCUCCCAGCUUCCAGAAAGCUCAGCUAUCACCCGUUCAUCCAGUUGAGGAGUUUAACUUUGCCCCUGCAGCCAUCUCGGACGCUAUGCUCCACUUCAGAGGACCCUACCAGGAGCAUUCUGGCAGGCAACAGCUCCCCCAACUGUUUGGAGGAGCACACUACAGGCAGGAGGCCUUUGCAAUGCAGGAGACAAUGCUGCUCUGAGGUUAAUGCACAGGGACAGGAAUAGAGGGACACCGAGUGCAAGUGAAUGCUAGAAAGCAGGUUUGUGUUGAUAAGUGUCUUUGUUUGCAGUUUUAUUUGUUUGUUUGCGUCGCAAGUCUUAUUGUACCGAGCAAGGGUUGCCAGUUUCAGGCAUUUAUACUGAUCAAAGACUGACUGAAGAUAACCAUUAACUGCCCAUGUGAACUACAAAAUAGAAUUUAAACAUGCAAAUCAUUUUUUUAUUUUUUGUUAGCACACUGAACUAUUUAAAUGGAGGGUUACUGGAGGGUUUCACAUAUGGACAAAUUCAUAUGGUUACUGAUCUAUUCAUCUACUUUUUAACAAGUUUGUUUGACAGAUAAAUACAUAUAGGACACAUUAUUUCUUUAAUUGUGAAUAUAUUUGUCAAGAACAAAGAUUUGUGUAGGUAAAAUAUGUAUAAUUGUCAGCAACUGUAACAGUGAUGACCACAGUUGGAUUAAACAUUUCAAAGCAUCACAUACAGUGUUCAAAUUAAAGUUAAAACCGUUGUAAGGUUUGUUUUUGAGGCUACACACUGAUCAGCCAAAACAUUAAAACCAACUGCCUAAUGUUGUGUAGUCCCCCCUCGUGCCAUCAAAACAACGCCAUCCCACAUCUCAGAAUAGCAUUCUUAGAUUAUAUUCUUCUCACCACAAUUGUACAGAGCAGUUAUCUGAGUUACUGUAGACUUUGUCAGUUCAAACCAGUCUGGCCAUUCUCUGUUGACCUCUCUCAUCAACAAGGCAUUUCCAUUUGCAGAACUGCCCCUCACUGGAUGUUUUUUGUUUUUGGCACCAUUCGCAAUACAUUUUAGAGACUGAUGUGUGUGACAAUCCCAGAAGAUCAGCAGUUACAGAAAUACUCAAACCAGCCCGUCUGGCACCAGCAAUCAUCCAUGUGAUUAUCUAAUCAGCCAAUCGUGUGGCAGCAGUGCAGUGCAUAAAGUCAUGCAGAUACGGGUCAGGAGCUUCAGUUAAUGUUCACAUCCAACCAUCAGAAUGGGGAAAAAAUGUGAUCUAUCAUUUGGACAUCUGAGCUCCUGGGAUUUUCACACACAACAGUCUCUAGAAUUUACACAGAAUGAUGCUAAAAACAAAAAACAUCCAGUGAGCGGCAGUUCUGUGGACAGAAAUGCUUUGAUGAGAGAGGUCAACAGAGAAAGGCCAAACUGGUUUGAACUGACAAAGUCUACGGUAACUCGAAUAACCUUGAGUAGAAGCAUUUAAUUUUAAACUGAGAGGGAUGUCAUCUCUUUAGUUCCCCAAGGGUAAAUUAUUACUGAUCACUAACUGAUCGAACACAUACCAGAGCUUAAUUUAAAUUAUAACAGCUGCCUGGGCCUAAAAGAAAAUCAGAACACUGUUACUAGCAGAUCAUUUAUGCCCUAACAUAAAUAGUUUUCUGUGUUCCCAUUGCUAAUUAUUAAAUCACUACAAAAUCUGUUACAAGUAAAUGUCUGGUUGUUUGAUGUAGCAUGCAACUGAUGUGUGUUCAUCUAAAAAUGGACCUUUUUGUAGCUGCAAAUUAUUGAAUCAAAUUUACACAAAAGCACAGGUUUUACACAUUAUACAAAAUAAAGCUGUAUAACUCAUUGACAUACAACCAAUACAGGUCUGUAGAUCAAUUGUGCUGGUUUGUCUAAUUUUAUAAUAUAUGUAAAUUAGCAAGCUAGAUUAAAUUCAUCACUCCUAACCCACUAACCGUUUUGUAAAGUGAAACCUGGUGUCAUGAAGUUCUCAUUCAAAAUAUAUUUGUUUCUGCUCAAAAUGUUUUCAAAUCUAAAACAAAGUUUGUUUAAUGAAUAAACACUCUUUUUUUUUUUUUUUAUUGUAUUUUUUUUGCCUGAAUUUAUUCAGUGGAAUUUAGGUUGAAGGUACUCUUUUGAUUUGCAUUUGCAUGGACAAACAUUGUUUCCUCAUUAAAAGGAUCAUGACAUGGACCCAGGUUUAUAUUUUAAUAUUUGUAAUAAGUUUUUUUUUUUUUUUACAGUAUACUGUAUAUCUGACUUGAUCAAAUGGCAUCGCAACACUCUACCAACUCAAUCGACACUUUCGUUUCAAUUAUACACUCCUGGUUUGUCAAGUCUGCUUGUCAAAUACUAAUAUAUAUAUAUAUAUAUAUAUAUAUAUAUAUAUAUAUAUAUACACACGCACUCAGCUGCACUGGAAAAAAAUUAAGAGACCACUGCAAAAUUAUCAGUUUCUCUGGAUUUACUAAUAGGUAUGUGUUUGAGUAAAAUUUUAAAUGUUUUCUAUUCUAUAAUGACAACAUUGUUCCCUAAUUUCAAAUAAAAAUAUUGUCAUUUAGUCCUUUUUAUUUAUUUUUUUGCAGAAAAUGACAUCUGGUCAAAAUAACAAAAUAUAAUGCAGUGUUUUCAGACCUCGAAUAAUGCAAAGAAAGCAAGUUCAUAUUCAUUUAUAAACAACACAAUAUUAAUGUUUUAUCUUGGGAAGAGUUCAGAAAACAAUAUUUGGUGGAAUAAUCCUGAUUUUCAAUCACAGCUUUCAUGUGUCUUGGCAUGAUCUCCACCAGUCUUUCACAUUGCUGUUGGGUGACUUUAUGCCACACCUGGUACAAAAAUUCAAGCAGCUUGGCUUUGUUUGAUGGCUUGUGGCCAUCCAUCUUCCUCUUGAUCACAUUCCAGAGGUUUUCAAUGGGGUUCAGGUCUGGAGAUUGGGCUGGCCAUUACAGGGUCUUGAUCCGGUUGUCCUCUAUCCACACCUUGAUUGAUCUUGAUCAACGUGGCUUGAUUCAUGUGUCCUUCACAAAGACAAAUCUGCCGAAUUCCAGUCUUGCUGAAGCACCCCCAGAUUCACAGAUCCUCCACCAAAUUUCACAGUGGGUGCGAGAUGCUGUGUCUUGAAGGCCUCUCCAGGUCUCUAACCAUUAGAUGACAAGGUGAAGGAUUGGUGAUGAUCUGGGGGUGCUUCAGCAAAACUGGAAUCAGGCAGAUUCGUCUUUGUGAAGGACGCAUGAAUCAAGCCAUGUACAAGGUUAUCCUGGAAGAAAACUUACAUACACUGUCGGCCAAAGGUUUCGAAUAAUGUACAGAUUUUGCUCUUAUGGAAAGAAAUUGGUACUUUUAUUCACCAAAGUGGCAUUCAACUGAUUACAAUGUAUAGUCUGGACAUUAAUAACAUGAAACAUUACAACAUUUUCAGAACUUCUUAAACUACUUAAGAGUUCUCAUCCAAAAAUCCUCCACUUGCAGCAAUGACAGCUUUGCAGAUUCUUGACAUUCUAGCUGAGAGGUUGUCCAGAUACUCAGAUGACUUUUCACCCCACUUUUUGUAGCACUUGCCAUAGAUGUGGCUGUCUUGUCGGGCACUUCUCACACACUUUAGUGUAGCUGAUAUCACAAAAGCUCAAUGGGGUUAAGAUCAAUAACACUCUUUUCCAAUUAUCUGUUGUCCAAUGUCUGUGUUUCAAAAGUGGCUUUUUCUUUGCAAUUCUUCCCAUAAGGCCUGCACCCCUGAGUCUUCUCUUUACUGUUGUACAUGAAACUGGUGUUUAGUGGGUAGAAUUCAAUGAAGCUGUCAGCUGAGGACUUGUGAGGCAUCUAUUUCUCAAACUAGAGACUCUGAUGUAUUUAUCCUCUUGUUUAGUUGUACAUCUGGCCCUCCACAUCUCUUUAUGUCCUUGUUAGAGUCAGUUGUCAUUUGUUUUUGAAGACUGUAGUGUAAAUCUUUGUAUGAAAUCUUCAGUUUUUUGGCAAUUUCAAGCAUUGUAGGCUAUUAACAGUGAUUGACUGACGAGUUUCUAUAGAAAGCUGUUUUUUUUUUUUGUUGCCAUUUUUGACCUAAUAUUGACCUUAAGUGGUGGAAGAUUUUAUCAAAAAUGAUUUUCAAAUAGUGAUGGUGCUGUUUUUUACAUCAGUAAUGUCCUGACUAUACAUUGUGAUCAGCUGAAUGUCACUUUUGUGAAUUAAAGUACCAAUUUCCUUCCGAAACAGCAAAUAUGUACAUUAUUCCAAACUUUUGGCCACCAGUGUGUGUCUGUGUGUGUGUGUGUGAUAUAUAUAUAUAUAUAGAUCAGCCAUAACAUU